UACUAUAAAAACGGGCCCUGCCCAUAGGCGGGGCAUCAUUUCAACGGCAACAGUAAACAUGAGUCUUUCGUACGUCGUCUGCGUUUCCGCUUUCUUCGCCGUGGCUUUCGCCGCUCCUCAGGUCUUCACGACGGUGUCCCACGCCCCAGUGGCCGUGGCAGCCUCCCCCUUAGUGGCCGUUAAGACUGUCAAGCCCAUCGAAGAAUACGACCCGCACCCCCAGUACAGCUUCUCUUACAGCGUGAACGACGCCUUGACCGGAGACUCCAAAGGUCAGAGUGAAACGCGCGACGGAGACGUCGUACACGGAAGCUACUCACUCGUCGAAGCCGACGGUUCCAGGAGAGUCGUAGACUACACCGCCGACCCCGUCAACGGAUUCAACGCAGUCGUACACAAGGAAACAGGAGUCGUAACCACUCCUGUCGUUAAGACCACCCCUGUCGUCGCAGCCGUGAAAUCCGCCCCUGUCGUCGCAGCGACAACUCUCUACAAACCUGCGACUGUUGCCUACGCCACCCACGGAUACCCUUACGCCGGCUAUGCCGCCCCAGUCACCACCCUCGGUCACGCUCCACUCGUCGCCCACGUCGCUCACUCUCCCCUCUACACCACUUCCUUCUCAGCUCCAUACGCCAACUAUGCUUUCUAAAAGUAUCAUAACAGCUGUACCUUUCAAAUUUCUGCCUAUAACUAUGUAAAUAAAUUCCAAUAGCCUACA